AUGGAUGAUUCUUCAGAUGAUGAAAGUUUUUACAUUACACAAUCGUCGACUGGAGGGAGAAGCGCAACGACAGAUAUCGACGAUGAUUUGUUUGAUACGACAACCCUGUUCGACGAUGGACAAUUGCAAAAUGCAGUCACCGGUAAAAAUACCGAAAAGACAGUGGCCGUGACGAGCUUUGAUUUGUUUGAAGGUAGGUUACUGAAUUUUACAAAGUAUUUAGUUUUCCUGUUCAGUUCUAGCAUACUAAUCGAAGGUGAUCGUUUUCGUCUAGAUGGAGAGAUUGAUGGUGAAUUGUUUGAAGCGGCAAGUCUUUUCGACAGUGAAAAAGCACGACAUACAGAGACGAAUAAAGAAAUUCAAAAUGCAGGGGCCGCUAAGAGAUUUGAAUCACUUCAAGGUAGGUUGGUGGGUUUUACUGUAUUAUUCAUUUUACUGUUCUGUUCUAAGGUAACAAAAGUUCUUCAUAUUUUCGUGUAGGAAAAAGAUUUCGAAAACCAAUAACUUCUUCAAAGUGCGAAAGGUUCGGGCAAAGUUGGACAUCCGAGGCUAGUCGAAAGAAGUGGCGUUGGGUAUUGAGAACCUUCGAAGAAUGGCGAGCCGCAAGAAAUCAUGCCGUGUCUUCUAACAAUGAAAGCUAUGACGACGAACCACUGGUCAACGCAAGUUUAGAGGAAAUGUCUGACGAACAGUUGGACUUUUUCCUUGCAC